AGAAAUAAUCACGGUGAGUCAGGUACGUGGCAGUCCGAGAAUACAAUUUGCUCGGAAAAAUCGUUCAACUAUAGUUAUUAUUGGUGUCCCUUGUAUCCGGAUUCAGCCGUUAAUUUCUAUCAAGUGACAACUUCUCCACCAUUUAAUCCGGGAGUUUAACUCCGCCUAAUUGAGAGCGUGUUAUUAAUAUUCUUGGCACGUGCGUUCCGUGUGUGCCCGCAACGCACGUCUAAUUAUUCUCCGAAAUUAUCGUUCGCGCGCGAGCGCCCAGUGUCCAGUCAUGACAAAUUCGGGGCCGUCUCCAUCCCGUAAGUCCGACGGUGUGCCAUUAUUUCGAAACCAACUAACUCGUCUGGCGUGGACUUAAAUGGGCUCGGACAAUCGGCGGACCAUUAGGUUAGAGUCCGCGCCAUUAAAAUCAGACACCCUCGGACUGUAGCCGGCCGUCCAGACCGAGGUAGACGUAAUGCUAAACUCGUUACCAAAAUUUUGGGAGCUAACGCGUUCACUCACCCAUGAGGAAGAAGUGCACUUACGGACGAAGGGGACAUAUGCCCGAACGUCGAAGAAAAUCUGGCAAUCGAUGAAUCCAUACAAUAUGUUACUCAAGCUGUUAAAGAUUCUCGAAUGGAUUAUCUUAUCAUUUCGAGUAAUAUUUGCACCAAACUGCAUCAAGUUGUCUGAAAAAUCAACGUUUUAUGUAGACAUUCAAGAUGUGAAAAAUAAGCAACCAGAGAAAGAGACGGUGAAAAUAGCGACAGCACAAAGCUGGAAAGGAAUAGCAUGAGGGAGGGAGAGUGUGUAGUCGGUAUAGGAGCAUUACAGACAUUAGAUUGGGACACGAGCGCAAUAAACCUAUCUGUAUAAUCUGCCCUGCAGGAAUUAACAGCCCUCUGAAGGUAGCCACUAACGAAGUAAUUCACUGGAUGAACGUGGGGGGUUGAAGGGGAGAAAGAGGAAGAGGAAGAAAGGGAGAGAAAGGCGCGUAAGAGAGAGAGAGCGACGGAAUGAGUUGGCGCGGGGGUGUAAGGACCGACCCUACAUAUAUAGGAUGCUCCAAAAUUGAGAUUUAGAUCGAAUCACGGAAAGGCAGCUACCUUUACGUUGCUGGAACUGACAAUGAACGGUAAAUAAUUGCCGAGGAACAGAGAAAAAAGAGACUUACGAUGAACGGCACAAACGUUUUUACGACUACGUGUACACAUUGUCGAGCUGUUCUAUCGUGAAUAAUUAUUUAUCACCAGAAACGUGAUACAUCGUAUCGAAUUCUUUGAGAAUUCUUCAAACAACAAUAAAAUUGUCUCGAUGCAGUUGUAUAUUUUUUUAUUUUCAUAUAUGCAUA